AUGGCCGAAACAGACUUCUCAGACUACACAACUUUUAAGCAGCAGGAGAAUCUGCCUUACGAUGGGGACUUCUCCCAAAGGAAGAGAUACAGCAAUUACAGUUUAAUCUCAAAGAAUGAUGGUCUUGGUAUUUCAAAUCAAAUGAUUUUAACAGCAGAGGACUAUCAAGAAAAAGCUGUGCCCAAAGAGAUUUGCAGCAAUGCUGGCAUGAUCAGGACUGUGGAUAAAAGGACUGAAAAUGGUAUAGACCAAAAACCUGAUAGAGAGAAACAGCACACCACAAAUCUCCACACCCCAAGAAACAAAGGAGGUUCUUCAAAGUCAAACAUUUCCGAUGUUUUACUCCAUCAUCUUUCCAAAGAGGAAUUCUUGAAGGGCAAUGGCAUUAAUGGUGAAACCCUCCCGGAGAUGUCUAACGCUGACAGUUUUGAUGAUACUACCACUAAAAACAUUAUUUUGCAACAUGUCGGGAAUGACUGGCCCAAAGGACAAACUCGAGAGCUCACUGACCAGCUAAGUCCCGAAAAGGAUAAAGAAAGCACUGAUAAACCUUGCGGGUAUCCAACUGCGACGGAAAAAAAUACUUGUAAGUUAGAAGGGCCCAUGGAGAUCGGUGAGAGCAGUCAUCAAGAAAAUCCACAUUUUCUAGCUAAAAUCAAGAGUUUAAGUGACAAACAAAAGCGGGGCCAAGAACAGGCACUCCAGAAACGGUAUACUGAGAAAGCAAAUUUCAAAUGUGGCCAAGACCAAGUUCACUGCCAGUUCUCUGGUUUCUCCAAGGCUGCUCCCAGAGUGAGCGUCCCUAAAAAUAAGAUAAUUGAUAGACCACUUACACUAGAUAAACAAACCAGCUCUUCUCCUAAACUGAGAGAUAAGUCAGCUAUUGUACAAGAUAUGCUAGAAGGUCUGUCCAGGUCAAAUUUUGUUGAAAAACAAGAGCAGAAAAGGAAAACUACUGAACUGGUACAGCAGACUCAGAUGGGGCCGACGACACACAUCCAUCAAGGACAUGUUACAGGAAUAGAAGCGGAAACAAGUGUCUUUAAGUUGUCCUCAACCUCUCAAAAAGACUUUUCAAGUUCUUCUUACAUCUUUCAAAAGUUAACCCGAGGGAACCAGAUGUGUCAGCUGCUUAAAGGACAGACAGAUCAACUGAAGAGUAAAGUACAAGAAUUUGCCAAAAGCAUAGCACAGGAAUCUCCUUAUUGUGUGCAAGACAAGAGGCUGGUCCUGGAGAAACUUCAGGGACACCUUGAAUUUCUGGAACAGGAGUUUCUGGCCACAAAGGAGAUGCACCUGACUUCACAACAGCAAGUCUACAAGCAUGACUCCCCAGCUCUCAGUGACUUUGAUCCAGAAAGAAAAGUGGAAGGUGAAAUCUUCAAGUUGGAGAUGCUCCUUGGAGAUGUUAAAGAGAAAAUCGAGAAAGGCAAAUGUCCUUCAGCUCCCUCCCUUCCCGUGAGUUCUCCCAUCAUCCCAGAUGACCUGGCAUCCUCUCCACCCUCAGAUGAGGAGGACCCCAACAACGCCUCCCGAAGGCAGGACCGUGCAGAGACCACCAGUCCAUGCUGUGCCUUCUGCCAUCGGGUCCUUGAAUGGCAGCAAAGAACAGAGGGAAAAGGCCACGGAAGCAGUGACUGUGGAAGGGCUCCCAUUGCCACUCAGCAGAGGGCACUGCGCCCAGACUCCAUGCUCAGUUCCGACAUGGGUCACGGCUGCCCUUCUGCUUCUGGCCUUGGGCUGCAGAGCAACAGGCGUGAAGGCUGUGGCAUGAGGGUUCCUCAUCCUGGGACAGUCUGCAGCAGAGAACCACCACACAAAUUUCUUUAUAGGUAUGACACUCCAGAACACAAUUAUUUACAUCACAGCGAAAGAUGUGCCUUUGUCCAGCUCUGCUUUUUAAAUGAAAAUAAAAACUCUUCACCCUCUUAUUCAAAACCAAAGUGCAUCUGUUCCCAGAGAGCCAAAUCAAAAUCCUCUCAAGAGGAGUAUGAGCCCAUACCAGGAAAAAAAAAUCUUAAGGCUUUCAUGACCUAUGGUUCAGAUCUCGCUGCAUCUUCACCCCAUUCCCACUCGGGCAAGAUUUUUGGAGGCAAAUCAUUAUGCAACGUUAGCAGUACUGAAGAAAUGGAAACUGAGAUUUUAAACACAUCUUUGGAUCAUGCCCUAAGGACUGCAAUCACUUUGAAAGAAACUACUGAUCAAAUGAUUAAAACAAUUGCAGAAGAUCUUGCCAAAGUACAGAGCUGGAGGAAUCGACUAAAUACCAGAUCGACAUAA